GCUAGACCGGGGGGGACGAGGAGUUUGUUUAAAAUGACUCGGGGGGCGGGUGGUUCGGGGGGGGCAGAUUUUAUCCCCGUUUGGGACGCUGAGAUGGCGAAGCUGAGUAGGGUCUCAUGCAUCUGGAAAUACGUUAUGCUGGGGCAACCAGUGGGCACAUGGAAGAAGAUGCACGGUGACCGCAAGUUGCGAUGCAACUUUUGCAAGCACCUGUGGCAGGGGAACCAAUCGAAGGCCGCGAGGCACUUCUGCAAGUUGAAGAAGUGCCUUGUUGCCCAGUUGGACGUGCUCGUUGACAUUUGGAACAGCACGAACUACAAAUUCGAUGACCGAUAUCACACAUCCAUUCGCGCAUACAUGGAGGAGCACGGCAUUAGAGACUCGCGAGUGGUUGCAGGAGGUGCACGGUCGUCAGCGUCACCUUCCACUGCAGGCAGGGACGAAAUGCAGGACGUGCUUGAUGAGAUGGAGGAGCACGAGGGGGUGAUGUUGCCAGGGGAGGAGGUUGUGAUGACGUCACGCGGGGAGGACCCUGCAAGGCAACAGGGGAAGAGGCCGAUGGGGGAGGCCGACCAGGCUGCGACCCGACCGGGGAAAAGGGUCCACCAGAGCAAGAUCGACGAGGUCUACGAUGCGGAUAAGCAGUCGGUCUUCAAGGACAAGUUUCUGACGCAGUCGCGGAGAAAGGCGACGGAUGAGAUCCCUAGAGGAGUGCGGAUGCGAUUUUCUCCCUUCAAGGAAAUCGGUGGAGACCGAGUUCCUUCGCAGAGGGCGAAGGUGGCGGCUUUGCUACGGGAGGUCCGAGAGUCGUUUUGUCACAGCGGUGCCACCAUCUUGUCGGAUGGUAGGAAAUUGCGUGAUUCACGACCCAUCGUGAACUUCCUUAUCGCGGGUGCAAAUGGCGCCCUGCUCUAUGCCAACAUUUGUCGCGACCGUUCCGUGCCGGAUAUGGGCGCCAUUGUUUUCCGCAGGUGGAGGACCAUCAUUGAGUCCUUCCCUACGAAGGACGUCAUAGCGUUCUGCACGGACUCCGCUAGUAACUACACAGCAACCGCCCGUUUGUUCGCCGCAGACCCUGAUCUAGUGGUCCGGCGCAUCACUUGGCUCCCCUGCUCGACCCAUGUUUGCAAUUUGAUGUUGUUAGACAUUGGGACACGAGUGGGUUGGGCAGUUGACACCAUCAUCUGCGCACGAGCAAUGCUCCUAAGGCGGAUGGACAGAGGAGGGAUGAUGAUGUCCAUCGUCUACGAGUGGAGCCGUCAUCUCGUUCAACUUCUGAUGAAGAUGGACGAUGUGCCGGCUGAUCUUCUGACCCCGUGCGUGCGAGAGGUCAGGAUGCGGCUCAUGCACUUGUUGGAGCCCGCGCACGCUGCCGCUCAUCUCCUAAACCCCCGUCGACGGUCUUUGAGGUACUACGAGUCCCUCCACACCAUGACGGAGGAUGCGGAGGUUGUACAUGAGUGUGAUCAUUUUCUCCUUGCCCAGACUGCAGGUGAUCCGACAUGCAGGGAUUACCUCCUUGUCCGUUACCAACUGCGUCGAUUCCAUGCGCGUAGAGGAAACUGGGGUGAUCAACUGGUAUCGGAUGCCGAGGCGGACGAUUGUCAGGGAGAUCAGGAGACGCACCAUUGUGCGGCAUGGUGGUUUGCCCACGGGACUGCCCACCCAGAGUUACGUGCUAUCGCUGUCCAUGUGAUGCACAUGUGGACGUCGGCCUCUUCUGCCGAGAGGAAUUGGGCGGCCCACGAGCGCAUUCCGACGGCAAAGUGGAGCAAGCUUUGCUUUGCGAAGAUGGCGCAACUGGUUGAGAUUAAGACAAAUCUCAAACUGGCUUCGUGCAGGCAGCAAGAUGGUGGGUAUGUGCUUUUGUGGGUCAUGGAUGGCGUCGACACCGAGAGACGGCGGCAAGACGAGGACGAGGACGGCGGUAACCCCGAGUCUGAUGUCUGGGGGGCGAGACCUGUUGGUACCUUCAGCGAUCGAGAGGUCAGGAGGCAGAUCGAGGUUUUUCGCAAGGACGGCACUAACCGUCCACGAGAGGUUUCUGCCGUCUUCGGGGAUAGGGCGGCCACUCUGCUCCCUUUCGACCAUGUGCCUCCUCCGAGUCCUCCCCCAUCCCGAGGAGUAGGAGAGGGUUCUGCGGCAGUCGAUGAGGAUGGAGAGGACGAUUGGACGGACGCAGAGGACGUUGUGGGGGGCACAGACAGGACGGCGGAGCAGGUUUACUUCCCAUACGGGGGCGGGUCGGACGGCCAUGCACCACGGACGUCCGUCAUCACGGACAAUGUUGCAGGCGGGGCACAGGGUCGCGCCACUCGACGACCCCAAGCGGGUCGAGGUCGUGGCGCCGUUGCUCGCGACGUUCCCCCACGCGCGAGGAGAGUUUUAGGGGUGGACUCGAGUGGCGAUGAUGAGGGCGAGGCAGAUGACGCCGACCGCCUUCGUAACCCUCGGUUCGAUCCGAGCCACCACUCUAGGGAGCAGUCAGAGCAUCUUCAUCGGUCGCAGAGGUUGGCAGAGUGUAGCGAGUGGGUGACAGAGAUGAGUACAGGACGCCUGUCUUACGAGGAGAGGGACACUCGCCUGGAUCGCGAGGAGGAGGCACGGUUACAGUUUAUGCCUCGGUGGGAUGGCAGAGAGGCGUACGAGGCAGAGGGAGUUAGAGACGAUAGGAGCGGGUUCACCAUCGAGCGUCGGACCAUUGCCGACUUCAGACACGAUGCAACCCCCUUCCCAUGCUGGGAGUAUGGCGGGAUUCAUGGAGGGGAGGAAGAGAUGGUGGACGAGGGCAUUGUGCCUUUGGAUGAUGAUGCAGCACAAGUUGAGGAGGAGGGAGCAGCAGUCCAUGCAGGCCACAGUGCCCCGUCGGUGCGAGAUGGUGAGACCGGAGGGCAUGUUGAGGAGGAGGGAGCGGCCGUCGACAUGUCCCUCGUGAUUAUUGUUAGGCCCCCGUUGGUGCCAGAUGUAGAUACUGGAGGGCAUGUUCAUUCGGGCGCCCCGGUCUCUUUCUAUGCAGGUGGGUACUCCAGGGAGAUGCCUCAGUGGGAUGGCGGGGAACCGGGGGACUGCACACGGACCCCUUUCCGUCCGGAGCAGCUGGAGAGGUUGGGGACGGAGGACCCUUUCCCGUUCACUGGUGGACAGCCAUCGCAUCCCGCGUGGGCACCAACGAGCCCUAGGCGAGUGAUGGACAGUUUGAGGAGGGACUACGAUAGAGAACAGGGGCUGUUCGUACGAGGACCAUCGGGGGAGGAAGAGCCUGCAGCGGGUGCGUGUGAGGCGGGACGACCGAGUGUCCACACAGCAGGACGUAUACUCGGAUUGGAUAGAGUUGCGACGAGGAGGACCGAGAGGAUGGUGCCGCAUCCGGCCCGAUCAACCAUGGAAGAUGGACGACAGGGAGUGCCAUACACAUCGGGCGAGGAUGACAUGCAUAUGCCACAGGGCUCGAGACGUUAUGGCUCGCUCAUUGAUCUUGACUCGCAGAUUGGUACUGAGGAGCAGCGGUUGGCGGAGCUGAUUCGAGAGCGUGAGAGGAGGUCGGAGACGGAGGCAGCCGGUCCGAGAAAGUAUCGGAGUUGGUUUGCAUGACCGUGAAUUGGCCUUGAAUGUGGUCCGUAUGUGCUAAAGGAUGACCAGUGCAGGGUCUGACUGCGUGGUGGGGCCCGAACUGGCGGCCGCAGGGGUGGGAAUCUCGAUCGAGUCAGACAUGGUGUCACGAGCUAGGAACGCAAGGUCUUCGCUGAUGGAGCGGGAGGGACUUGUAAAGUCAACACUUUGCAUAGAAUCAGGGGAUAAAGAAGAUGAAGAGGGGGAACGAGGGGGCCGCUCAGUGGCAGCGAUCGGCGCAUCAAAGCGAGCGAGCCGGUGUGCAGCGCGGGCGUCUCGAGUCUGCGUUAGGGGACUGGGAAAAGAAGGCUCGUAGAAAUAGAGUCUAACAAAUUUAUGAAGUUGAA